AUGAGAAAUCAUACAGCAAUAACAACAUUCAUCCUGCUGGGAUUGACAGAUGACCCAAAACUACAACUUCUGCUUUUUGUAUUUUUGUUUCUCACUUACAUGUUGAGUGUAGCUGGGAACCUCAUCAUCAUUACCCUGACACUUUUGGAUUCCCAUCUUAAAACUCCCAUGUAUUUUUUCCUCCGAAAUUUCUCUUUCUUAGAAGUUUCAUUCACCACUGUCUGUAUUCCCAGAUUCCUGUAUACUCUCCUAACCGGAGAUAAUACUGUUACCUAUAAUGCUUGUGCCACCCAGUUAUUUUUUGUUGUCCUCUUUGCAGCAACAGAAUUUUUUCUUCUUGCAGCCAUGUCCUAUGACCGCUACGUGGCCAUUUGUAAGCCCCUGCACUACACAACCAUCAUGAGCGACAAAGUCUGCUCUACACUUGUUCUCAGCUGUUGGCUUGCUGGCCUGUUGAUUAUCCUCCCACCUCUAAGCAUGGGCCUCCAGCUGGAAUUCUGUGAUUCAAAUGUGAUUGACCAUUUUGGCUGUGAUGCAUCUCCUAUUUUACAAAUAACCUGUUCAGACACAGUGUUAAUAGAAAGAGUUGUGCUGAGUUUUGCUGUGCUGACGCUCAUUAUUACCUUAGUGUGUGUAGUUCUUUCCUACACAUACAUUGCCAAGACCAUUCUAAGAUUCCCUUCUGCCCAACAAAGGAAAAAAGCCUUUUCUACCUGCUCUUCUCAUAUGAUUGUGGUUUCCAUCACCUAUGGCAGCUGCAUCUUCAUCUAUAUCAAACCUUCAGCAAAGGAAGGAGUGGCCAUUAAUAAAGUGGUGUCUGUGCUCACUACUUCAGUUGCCCCCUUGCUUAAUCCAUUCAUUUAUACACUUCGAAACAAACAAGUGAAAGAUGCCUUCAAAGACACAGUAAAAUGGAUUGUAUUUCUCACAAAGAAGUAA